AUGACACAACAACCUAACUUGAAUCGAUCAAUGGUUAAUAGUUUGAUAGAGGAUAUCAAGUUUCGCUUCACGCCCCACCUAUUUCGGUCCCAGCGAUGCAAAAAAUAUCUUAUUAUUGAAAUUACAUCAAAAUCAGAGGAUCACUACAUCCAUAUUGAUUCAAACUCUAGUGAAUCUUACUCAAGUGAUUGA